AUGUGGCUCUACACUAACGGUUCUUGUGCACUGAUUCUUGACCGUCACUUCGAGACGAUAAAAACACAUGUGAAGGCGGGAAACACCGUUGCGAGGGAGCGGUGGGACGCCAUCGACUGCGCUUGGGGGUUGAAGCAGAACGAUAUCUUCGACGAAGGAGAGUGGAUCGCGCAGAUUGAUGGUGAAAUCCAGGGCAUUACCAGCAGCACCCGCCGGUCCUUGUCAUCCCAACAAGAUGCCAGCAGCGCACGAGGUGCUGCUGCUCCUUCUCAGCACCCACCUGCUGCUGCAGCGGGUACCGCGAGGAGGAAGGUGGAUCGAGGGAAGCACGCCAGGGAGAGAGCUGCGAAAGGCACUUUAGGCGGCAACAUUUGCCACGCGUUCUCGAUUGGCAGUGGACAACCGGCGACUGACACGUCACAUGGCUCGUUGAAUCCGCUACACGGCAAUUCCGCCCUUUCCCAUCGCACCGAGCAGAUUGAGCGGACUCGUGGUGGAGUGAAAGAGUUCGUAUCCGGUAUCAGCUUUCCGCCUCCGGCCCCGGAGUCCCGCCGAUCCUGCUCUCACUGUUCCACGAUCUUCGUGAACGAGCAAGGCCUUGGGAUCCACGUGAGAACGCAGCACAGCAGUGCAAACAUGUCCAACGGCGUGCGGCUGCGGCGGAUGCUACGGAAGAAUCUCGAAGGGCGUGUCCUGCCGUGGGGAGAAGCCGGGCCUGGGAGUUGUUGGCAAGUGAAGGUCGAUGAUGCGACGGGGGCGGCUUCGGUUGUCCUCCAGCGGAAGCGCUUUCUCGAUCUAGACUUGGAAAGCGACGGCUUUAUGGACCGCGAAACCAAGGAAACUCGUGGAGCUCCCAAGCGCAGGCGAUACGACUAUAGCUUCAAAGUCAAUGCUGUCAACCAGCUGCGCAUCCUCGAGGACAACGCCGCGGACCUCUGGAAGGAGGAGGAGCGCACGCCUCUUCAGUACUUAGAGGAUCGUCUCAGGGUUCACUACAGCAACAUCGUGAAGUGGGCCAAGGACGAGAAGGCCAUAGUCGCGGCGGCAGCAGACGACGUGAAGAAGAGCCUCCUCGCCAAGCAGCAGCCUAAGCGGUGGUUUCCUGAGGCAGAAAAGCGGCUUUACAAGAUGUUCGUGGAGCGGCGUAAGAGGAAGCUGAAGGUAUCGACCCUGUGGCUGAUGAUCGCGUUCCGGAAGCUCGGGCGAGAAAUGUAUCCCGGGGACCAACGGGCGGCGGCGUUCCGCGCAUCCUUCAGGUGGGCACGAGAAUGGGCCAAGAGGCACAACUUGUCCAAAAGACGUCGGACCAACCUCAAGAACAAGUCUGUUGAGGAGCGCCUACCAAAGAUCCAGCGCUUCCACCGACUGUUUCUCGAUCUCCUCCAAGAGCCGGUACGGUACAGGGCGCCCGACGAGUCGUACGUAUCGGCGAUUACGACGGUCGCAGAGAGCGAGUCCAGAGUUCCCAAGUAUGGCCAAUUCCAGCUCUGGGAGCGUUGGAAUAUGGAUCGAGUGUCUUUGGCGUUCGUGAACGGGCUGCUCGAUACGUGGGAGGAGCGAGGUGCGAAGCGUGUCGCCAUCUCACAGCCCUUUCCUGGCCUAGAGAAAAGGCAGUGCACCAUGCAAGUCAUCUUUGGCACGGGGAAGCGGAUCUCGCCGGUGGAGAAGGCUGCGUACCACAAGGACGUGGACGUGUUUUUCCAGGAGAAUACUUGGGCCGACCAAAAGUUCUGUAUGGAGUGGGCUAAGAGGUCCUACCGCGAAGGCCUGAUGCGCGGGCGGGGUGAGCCUCCCAAGGCGAGGUCCAUUCUUAUCAUGAACAACUUGCACGCGCAGACGACGGACGAGUUCAGAGAGUAUCUUGCGAAGGAGUGUAACACUCUCGCCUGGUAUGGCCCUUCGGAGUGCACGGACGAGGUGCAGCCAGUUGAUACAGGAGCCGGACGAUUUAUCAAGGUGGAAGCUGGAAGGCAGAUGGACAUGUGGCUCGAGCAGUCGGACAACCUCGAGAGAGGUGAGAGGUGGGAAACCGCGGCGCUGACAGCUUCUGAUCGGCGGGUACUGAUCACUCAGUGGAUUGGAGCGGCCAUGGCAAGACUCAACAGCCAACAGGCGUUCCGAUUCCGCCUUUUCGAAAAGUGCGGGCAUGGCCAUGACUGUGGACGGCCGAACACCUUCGCUAACGAUGAAGACUGUAGCGAGGAGGAAGAAGGUCUGGAGAACGGCAGCGAUGAGCCUGAAGGGCGGGGGAAGGAGGGCGAUGGACGUGAGACGGUCGUGGAGGGCGCUGAUUCCAGCGAUGAUGAAGACGACGGCGGCACGUCUCAAAUCCAGACCGAUGAGCUAGCUCUUCUCGACGACGACGACGACAGCAUGGACCCACAAGACCCGGAGGACGAAACACAAGGAAUGGAGAUCCCGACAGGCUUUCGCAUUCAACAAGUUAAACCCGUUGCUCUUGACAGAUUGCUUUUGUGACGUGGAGUGCUCGUUAGGCUGGGGAUGGGGUGGUUUGGAGGGUUGAACAUUCAGCAAUCUCAGCAGGACACUCGCCAUCUGUACGACUACUGUGUGCAGUUGGAG